AAGGAAAGAAGGAUGACAGCCAUGUCGCCUCAAUUUGACACUUGGUAAAUCGAAGAGAAAUUGGAAAUUGCAUCGCAAGAAAACAUCAGGGAACCUAGAAGAAACCUACAUAACUACGACUCAGGAAGAGCAGGAAACGAAUAAAAGCGAGAUUACACUGCUGAAACUAACAAUAAUGGCAACUGCUGGUUCCAAUGUGAUUAAAAAUGUUUAUAAUGCUAUUCGUGCAAAAAGAUCAGUUCUCUUCUAUGAUGUUUUGGAAGUGUAUAAACCAGCGAUGACUAGAAACAAGGAGAAUAUGAUGAGAAAAAUUUAUGAGCAUUGGAAGACUGCUAAAGGGACAGAAAUUGUUAAGAAGCUUGAGAUUGCUUCAGACUAUGUUAAAGUGGAAAUGUCACCGCCCUAUAAGCCAAGUGAAUGGAAGGUGCUUCAAAAUGACGUGAGACUCGUAAAAGAUUUCUUCCAUAAGGGCGCUUAUAAGUUUAUGACUGUGCGACAGGCUUGGCUGCUGUUUCUGGUGUGUUUGGAAGUCUGGCUGUGGUUCUUUUUAGGUGAAACUAUAGGGAAAUUCCAUCUUGUUGGGUACAAAGUGUAAUGUUGUGGAAUGGGCCUAAAUAAAAACCUUUGUUAUUUGUAA